AUGUCUUCUGAAAAACUUUGUGACAGACGCGAAGGUUUGCUACUUCUUUCAGCGAAUCCAAAGUUUUGUGCGGGAGUGAAAUUCCCGGGUUUGACGAAUCGAGUAGUGUCCGAUUCUCUUUACCAGGAACUCCCUUCAGAAGAAGGAAAGGGUGUAGCUCUGGAUGUGGUGGAGCAGGCAACCAUGCCAGACCCUUUUGAAUGGACUCUGGGUGUACAACCAGGCUGCCCCAAGGCAACCAUGGACCCCGAAAUCAAAUUAUUUGGACAGACCAUAGGCGUGGCUUCAAGUCGCGCUGAUGCAGGUGCCGAUGCAGGAGUUCUCAAACCGACGAGUGCUAGUCCGCCGUGGAACACAGCACGGUCAUCCAAGCAGGAUGGAGGGGACAGUUCGCUCUUCAGGAAUGAGAACGAAGGUGGAGUGGUCGAGAAACUCAGAACUGCCAGAAGUAGCAGCAGGGAUGAGUUCUUGCAGCCUCCAAAGUCCACUGAACUGGUUCCAGGGAACAGGUCUACUAUGAUAUUCUCUCUCGGUGCUAGUGACAGUGAAGGGGCUCAUUCAGAUGAGCUCAAGGAUCAGGGUGAAGGUGACCAUAGUCAGUACCUGGGUGAUGACAAGCACCUCCAAAAACCCGACAAAGUGGUGUCUUGCCCUCGAUGCGAUAGUUUAGAAACUAAAUUCUGUUACUACAAUAAUUACAACAUCAACCAGCCGCGUCACUUCUGUAAAAAUUGCCAGCGGUACUGGACUGCAGGAGGAACUUUGCGGAACGUGCCAGUAGGGGCCGGGAGGAGGAAGAACAAACACGGUGUGGUGCAGCGCGACUGUACCGAGGCCUCUGUUAACUGCUCGAUUCAAAGUGAUUCCAGCGACUCUGCUUCCCAGUUAUUGCCCUGCGCUCUUGGAUCGCCAACGAGCCAGAAAGCAGGGUCAUCGCUCAAGCAUUCCCAGCCCAAAAGGUUGGUUGGACAGGGCUCUCCCAUGCGGAGCCCUAGGAGCACGAUGUCGUUCAGUCAAGACAGUGGAAUUACUCUGCCACCUCCAUUCUCGCUACAUCGGAACGGCCCAAUUCCUUAUCAGUCGUUUUCAUCUAGCCAAGGAUUCUUGACCUCAGGUUCUGAAGUGUAUACGGUGGGAAGUUCCGAUUCCUCAUCCGUGACGAUAGGGCAGAGGAUUGCACGCUUUCCUUCAGUAAAUGGAAUGGACAAAGACUGCAGUAGAUCCUCACUCAGCGGGCAACUGCAAGCUACCCAUAGCUUGCGGUCGAUGACAACUGUUUAUAAUCCAUCGUUGCAGCUGGAGUCGUCUUCCGGGAUGCACAGAUCCGUCCUCCCACCUGGCAGCAGUGGCUGGCCUGGCAACGGUGCACCUGCUGGGUUGCACAGUGGGGAAUGGCCUCAUAAUCAUCUUGAAUUGGACGGGAAACACUCCACUCAAGUUGUCGGGACUACUUAUAAUACUGCCACGACUUUGCCCGCAACCUCAUCUUGGAGUGCCGCUAAUGCGCAGUGGGGAGCAACACAAUGGGGUGCUGGUGUUAGUCAUUUGUCAAACCCAGCUCAAAUGCCUACUCAAGUGUGGCCUGGUGGGCAACAACCCAUGGCGCCAAAUGCUACCCCAUUGGACCACUCUGUUGUUGCAGUAUUAUCAACUCUCGGGAAGCGUGGAUUGUCUGACGAGGGCAGUUCCAUGUGGCCUUCAAAAGCUCUACGACCGCACGGCUCGAGAAGCUUAAAUUCGUGGUCGAUGUCUGGGAAGGAUCAGUCCGAAGUGAACAGCAGCGGGAACGCCUUGAAUCUGUUCCGCCCAAAGCUAGAGAUUGGUGUUGCUUGUGAAACAAAAGAUAGUUUCGUGUCCAGGCACUUCACAACUGUGCCACCAGCACGGCCAGUGCCGUUUCAAGUAACGAUUUGAGUGAGCAUUGUCACGUGCACUGGUGAUUAAAUUCCUUGUGCAGUCUUGAUGCCCUUCAAAUUCUCCUAUAAGGCUAUACCGAAAAUGUAUUGUUGGCGACCUCUGACACUGUUAUGCGAGGAGAAAGGGGCAUGGGGUGAUCAUGAAUUCUGCACGUUUUUCAGGAACCUCGAUGCGCUCGCGUGCUAGGCCACCUUCAGUUUUGCCUGCCUCAAUUUUGUUGCAAGAGUUCCAGCUUGUCGUUUUCCAUAAAUACCGUAGUGACUCAAGGGAUGGAGUGUGAAAUCGCCAACAUUUUGUCACCCUCUUCUCCUGAAAUAUCUACCGGAUUAUUACCUACAGUGUCCUUUUUGGUAAUGCUGGCUAAAGGCUGCAUUUUUCUAAAUCGACAGUAGCUUUUCACGUAUGUAGCCGACCUCCAAAACUUCAGACCUGUAUGACCUGCUGAUAUAGAACAGCUGCUUUCUUUUUCUUUUCUUCCAUGUUUUGAUAAUACGUAUUUUCAUGUAAUUUUGAGGUCAAAGCUGAUGCUUAGUCUUUGGUAGCGGGGUGUUUGUCAAACCCUUUAUCUGCAUUAGGAAACGCAGACUACACGUUUCUACCCAAACAGUAUAGAAACGUUUUGGAGGACACUUUUGGCAAUGCCCUUGUGCAACUUAAUCAUAUAUAGUAUUUUAUGGCUAUUUUAA